AUGCUCGGCCUCGCGUCACUCUGUCUGCUCUGGAUCCCCAGCCCCCUGCUCAACUGGUCGGGCAUUGAGCGCUUUGAAGUCGUCAAGGACCCAGCAAUCGCUUGGAUGAUCUUGGGCAUCAUCUUUGUGGGCGUACUCUUCAAUGCUGGCUUCAUGAUCCUGAUAGGCCUUUGGGGCCCAGUCUUAGCAGUUGAGUCUACCCUUCCCUGCUCUCCCCACCACCACCGCCAAAAACACCCACUUGGUAACUUGUGCACCUUGGUCCUGAUCGCGAUCGUCGACCACACUAUCAUCGGCGCGAUCAACUCCCACGAGUCCGACCGGGCCGUGCCCCCCUUCGGCAUCCUCAGCUUCAUCGACUGCCUCUCCAUCCUCAACUUCUAG